GUUUAUUAUUUACUUAUAUUUAACAUUAUAAGAAUUGUAUGUUUGUAUACAUUUUUUAAUACGAACAAGUAUGGUAAAUUAUAUUUUUUUAGGUAGAAAAUAGUUCAGAAAUUGUAGAAUUAUGUCCUCAAAAUUUGGACAUAAAAAAUUAUUGCAAUUACAGAGAUACAUAUUAUUAUUAUAGAGCUUAUUGGAAUUAUUGGAGUGGUUACAAUUGUUACCUUUAUACAUCGCCAGAACGAUUCAAACAAAAAUUGAGACCUUCUUCCCUUAAUACAUUUUGCAACAAAAUCAACAAGUCAUCCCAAAUUCCUAUUAUUGGUAACUCCAAAUAUUUUGCCACGUUCGAUUAUAAGAAUUCGUCUUCCAUGGAAAUACUUAAAACAUUGUUUAAAAGUGAGGAGUUUUUUCUAAUUUUUCUGGAUUGUUUGCAAGAAGCGGAGAAAUGUUGUUUCGAGGACAUGACAAUAGAAAACAUAUUCCCUAGCGAACAAGAGUGUAGUGUUGUAUGGGACGCUUGGUCAUGUUUUCCGAGAACCCCAGUGAACACAACCAAGAAAUUGGUUUGCAGUAAACAAGCGUACUCAUCACUGACGGAUUAUUGCACAUUAGAAAGUGAAAAGGUGUGUUUCUUCAAUGAGACUACGGGAAAGGCGCAAUGGAUCGAACAGACCGACUACAAUAAUUGUGCUAUCGCACCUGUUUACAAAAGGAGACACAAAUACAAUGUGAUCACCCUUCAUAUUUGCAACGUUGUGGAUGUUCCCGCCAUUUUGAUAUUCCUCUUGUACAGGAAACUGAGACAGUCGACGAGGAUGAGUCUGCACAGAAAUUUGCUAAUCGCCAUCGUGAUCAGAAACGUUUUAACAAUCAUGACGAAAGAGUUGAUAAUUAUAGAUCAGUUGAACGUGAACACCAAGAAUGUUAUGGGAGAGAACGGGGUUCCAUGCAGGGUUUUGGCGUUUUUCGAGAAUGUUUUCAAAAAUGCGAUAUUUGCUUGUAUGGUCAUUGACGGUUAUUAUUUACACAAGCAGAUUGUCAGGAAUCACGCUCCGGAACCGAAAAAAUUGACUUUAUCGCUUGUUUCAGUUGUAUUGUCGCUGGUUCCAUCAUUGAUUUGGGCCACGCUGAAAGGAGUGAACGAAGGUGGUUACUGUUGGAUGGUGGACAGCAACAACGAACAAUGGACCGGUGAUGGGUUCAGGAUUCUUGUCCUAAUCAUUAAUAUUUUAAUUCUUGUCGACAUAAUUAGAAUUAUUUUUACGAGGAUGAGACACGGAGGUACAAGUCGACAAACAAAGGCCGCCUUAAAAUCGACAUUAUUUUUGAUCCCAUUAUUCGGUCUACAAUUUCUCGUGACGGCGAAGAAAAUGGUGUUGAACGAUACGUGCGUGGCGGAAGACGCAUACGAAUACACCAAAUAUUCGAUGGAGGCGUUUCAGGGAAUCAUGGUCGCGAUUUUGUUCUGUUACGCCAGCUCAGAAGUGCAUGUGGAAAUCAACAACACUUAUAGAAAGGUGCGAAUUUUUUUAGAAGACCGAUUUGGAAUUGCUUAUAACAAGGGCAAUAUUGACAGGAGGGCAACUACUGCAACUUUUGUCGGAAAUUAAUUGAAAAAUCUCACUGUGUUCACUUUAUACCUGUAAAAUAUUCAUAUUUUAAGAUUUUAUUUAUUUUAUUAUUGCAUAUUUGUUUUUAUUAUUUUUUAAUAAAUUAUACAAAAUCA